AUGGUGAAUAAUGAGAAUGAAAAUUUGGUGGAUAAAGAAGGCAAUGGGGAAUUCAGGAGUGCAAAAGCCAAUCAAGAUGAUAAGAUGAAUGUGGAAUUUGUGAAAACACUUGCCAAGAAUAAUUUGCCUUUUUGUGGAAGCCAUGGGAUGAUUUAUGAAGAGAGCAAUGGACAUUUUUUAAGCACAAUUGAAAUGAUUGAUAAUCUAAAGGAAGGCCUCACGGUUAAAUCGUUGUCGCAAACGCGCUGGGAAAGUCGCAUUGAAAGUGUUAAACCACUAAGAUACCAUGCUUCAAAAAUAAGAGAUGCUUUAGUUGACUUGUACAACAAUUCUACCACAGAUUCAAUUGCAAAAAGUGAAGCUAAAUCCCUUAUAACUCAUGAACUUGAGACUUUUGAGUUCUUAUUUAGUAUUGUAAUUUGGUACAAUUUGUUGUUUCAUGUGAACUCUGUUAGCAAGCUUCUUCAAAGUAAAGAUAUGGGUAUAGCAGUUGCUGUAAAGCAGCUAGAUGGGCUUGUUAAGUAUAUUGCAAUGUAUAGAGAAGUUGGUUUCAUGGAGGCUAUGGUUGAACCUAAAGAAAUGACAAGUGAAUUGGGAAUUGAACCUACAUUUGUUGAAAAGCGUAUCAUUUCUAGAAAGAAAUAA